AUGAAUAAAAAAUUUGUUUCCGCCUUCAGGGAACAAGAGCUGCGCGAAAUGGGUAUCGCUCUUCAUCGCGACGGUGGUUUAACCGGAGUGUUUUCACCAAAAACGCCUAAUCUUGUUAAUCUCAACGAGGACCCGGCCAUGGCAGAAUGCCUAAUCUACUACCUGAAAGAUGGGCGUACCAGACUGGGACACCUGCACGAGGCAGAAAACCUAGACAUUGGUUUAAUUGGACCUUUUAUUCAAAAGGAACACUGCGAAUUCAUCCUGGAAAAUGGUACGGUGUUCAUGGAGCCAAUCGGUGACGCGGAGUGCUACGUCAAUGGAUCUCGUAUCACAGAACGACAGAUGGUCCAGUCUGGCGCAAGAGUCAUUUUAGGCAAAAAUCACGUGUUUCGUCUGAAUAAUCCGCUCCAGCUCAGCCUCACAGAGCCCGUGGACUGGGCGUAUGCAAUCUCCGAACUGCUUGAGAAACAGGGCGUUGACCUGCGCAAAGAGAUGGAUGAACGCUUGUCACGAGUCAAGAUCAGUCUUUUGACGUCUGUAGUUAAUUGCACAGAGUUAGUGGCCUACGAGGGUCAGAUACAGGUGCUGCAGGAGAAGGUUGAACAGCAGUCCAUAAUGAGUUCAAUAGUGCAGGAUGACUCCGUCUCCGAAGACGAAGGUUAG